CACAACAAGUCAUUCCAUUCAAAGGGGAAGAAGGGGGAAAACUCAACAACCGAGGGAAGCACACCACCGACAGGUUCAACUGGUGUUGUAUUACAAUGGAUGCCUGAUGGAAGCACUCAAACUCGUCUAAUGCAUCCCUCAAGUCAAGCUGAAACUACCUCUUUUCCCUCCCAACAAAGCAGCCAAAGCUUCACCUCAGGUUCUCUACCACCUCGACAAAGCAGUCAAUCCGAGGGACAAGCAUCACGCUUUGCACAAGGUGAGGAGAGGCAAAGCAAACUUCCUGUUAGAGGAAAAGUCAAAGAGGAAAGGGAAGAUGUGAUCUUCGUAGCCAAACAGGGUGUGGGG